UGAUACUAAUUAUUAUAACAAUGUAUCCUUCCAAUACCUUUAAAAUCCUCUCAUUGAUGAUACAUGGGUUUGCAAUUAUGCAAACAACAAUGGGUGGUGAUCCAGAUAUUCUCACUGAUUUCAUAGCCCCAGAAGGGACCAAUAUUAAUGGAAGCUUCUUCACAUUCACAGGCAUGAGAGUCCUUCUUACACAAGAAACUCCUCCCCCAACCUUCCAUGUAUUGAAGGCAAGCAGGGCAGAGUUUCCAGCUUUAGAUGGACAGAGUGUUUCAUAUGCUGUCCUUGAAUUCCCAACAGGAAGUGUGAACCCUCCUCACGUCCACCCUCGCGCCUCCGAGCUCCUCUUCGUUGUCCAGGGAUCCCUUCAGGUGGGAUUCGUGGACACAAACAACAAGCUUUUCACUCAGAGUCUCCAAACUGGAGACUUGUUCAUAUUCCCAAAGGGACUUGUGCACUUUCAAUUCAAUUCUGAUUCAAAGAACUAUGCUUUUGCUAUAUCUGCCUUUGGUAGUGCAAGUGCUGGCCUUGUGUCACUCCCUAACACACUGUUUAAUACCACCAUUGAUGACAAUGUCUUGGCUUUGUCAUUCAAGACUGAUGUUGCCACCAUUCAAACUUUGAAGAAAGCAUUUUCCCCCUAAAUCUUGAUGAUCAUGGAUACAAUUUUAUCUGUUACUUGUGUGCUUUAUUGGUUACUUGUUCUCUAAGUUAUUGUUUUUUCUUCUUUCCCUCAUGUUGUGCUUCAUUAAUAAGUAGGAUCUG